AUGCCGGAAGCCGAGACGUCAGCUCCAGCGAACCAGGCGAUCUCUUCGGCCUCUCUCACUGCUACUGCGGGAGAGGCAGCCGUCGUCCAUGGCCUGGAGGUGACUCGUCUGACGCAAUGUGCGCACUGGCACUCGGAUCGCGACAUCAUCGCCAUCCGACACAAAUGCUGUGGCCGCUACUACGCCUGCAUCAGCUGCCACGAGGCGCUCGCCCAGCAUGAGUCUGCUGUCUGGCCCAGGAAUGAGCGAGAUGCCAAGGCCAUUCUUUGCGGCAAUUGUCGUGGCGAAUUGAGCAUUGAUGAGUAUCUGUCCUGCGGCUCAACCUGUCCUAAGUGCAAAGCUGCUUUCAACCCUGGAUGCGCAAACCACUACGACCUCUAUUUCGAAAUGGACUCGACUCUCACCUUCAUCAUGACCACAGUAACCAGCACCAAUACCAUGACCACACCCACUAUCACCAUCACCAACACUCUCAUCUGCCUAACCAUCACCAUAGUCACAAUACACACGAUCACCACUGCGACCACCCCCAUUCACCUCAAAAGCCUCAUAAGCCCCAUCGCCCUGAUCACCCUCAUCCCCCGCCACCGCUUGGUGACCCUACCUAUGGGCCAGGGAUUGGUCUUCCUCCCCCGUCGUACUCUCAAAGCUAUGGGACGCUGA